AUGGGCCGGCAUCGACGCUUCGUUACUCGACUGCAGGCCGACAUCGGUUUUGACGCUCGCUCUACUGCACCGCAUGGCCAUGUCAGCGCCGUUGACGAAGUUGCUGGACCGUUCAAAUUGUUCUCGAUCAAUAGGUGCACGGCGCUGAAGGACGCUAACACCAGCGUUGAUCCCUAUGCCAGGAUCGUCCUUCGUAAACACGUCCUGCGCCUGUGCGUUCCUGGCCGAGACGCGGCGUCAACUCCCGCAGUGAGAGCGGUCGAGGCGGAUGGCGCAGUGAAAGUAGCGCCCGUGUACAAGCUUCAUGGGGGUGGGGCGCUUUGCACCAAAUGCAAAGGCAAGUUGGCCGAGUACGAGGCGGCGGCCGCGGUCGAGAAGGCCGCAAUCAAUCGCGCCAAGGGCGAGGGCCAGACGGCCGAGAAGGGCGCCCGGCGCGAGAGCAAGCGCGCCGCGCACGAGGUGGAGACAGCCGCGGAGAGGGCGGGCGGGCACGAAGCAGCGUCGAUGGCAGCAGCGGUGAAGAUGGCGGCGGAGGUGAACGUGCCCGUGGACGCGUUUCGCAGGGCCAGCGUCAAGUGCGCCAAGGGCGACGGCAAAACGGCCAAGCACAAGGCGGCGUUGAAGCCACCGCCCCAGGAAGCCCGCGGUGAAGGUGGUGUAGCUGAGACUUUUGAUGGCGCGAAUGCUACCAGUAGCGAUGCCCAGAGUAGCGAUGACGGGCCCGAAGAUGGCGUCGGUGAUGCACAAGUUGAAGAUCAAGGCGUGAUGCAUCAAGUCACAGCGGAUUUGUCCGAUGGCGAACACCCGUGCAAGAUUGGGCGCCUCCGGUACACCAAGAGGGGGUUCCUCAAAGACUCGGAAAUUCCGUUUGGCUACGUACGGAAGAGCGCCAAAAUCGGUAUUGAGAACAAGGAACGUGACGAUCGAGUCGAGCGUCGAGCGUCCAACCUCCCAGCCCCCGCUCGUCUGCCAGCCAGUAGCAGUAGCAGUUCAUGCAGCAGCAACUCUGAUAACGACGACGAUAGCAGUUACGUGCUUAGUGAAAGCCCUGGCGGCAGCCCAAUUGACAGUAGCUUCGGAAGUGAUUGA